AUGGCGGCCGUCUAUGACGCCGAUGACGACGCCGCAGCCUUCACCUCGUCCGGAAACGGCGAUGUUUCGAAGGCUAUUCUCCCCACAGGGUCCAUGGACGACGACGAGCUGCUCUCGAGGGUCUUGCCGCGGGUAGACACGGCGGCCAUUCAAGCGGCGCGUAUGGCCAUUGCACAGGAGUCCGAGUCCGAGUCCGACAACAAUAGCGAUGUAGAAUACGCUCGACCUCACACCCGCCAGUCUCUCUCCGAAUCCAGCCUGUUGAUGGGCCAGGGCGGCGCCAGUGACCGCUUCGAUGGUUUCCUUGAUACGGCCUUAGAGAGGCAUGGAAGGCAUGAAAGGCCUGAAAGGGCACCCCCCCGUUCCGCACGAGAGAGCGUCGAGCUUAGCCGCCCUUCCCGCUCGUUGUCUCGGGUCGACAUGGUCCCCCAGGACUACUCCCAUUCCCCUCGCCCUUACACCACCAGCAGGAAUGACGACAGGGAGGGCGUGGCCGUUCCCGCUCGCCGUUCCUCCCGUCCCGAUCCAGCCAUCGACAGCCCCGAUCGAGCAACAGCCAGGAGAAGAGGAAGCUCACGCCGCGACUAUAACACGCCACAACGCCCGCCGCGCGCCGACGAGAUCGAGGCCGCCAGACGGUUGCUGGCGCAGGUUUCCGAGGCCGAAGAACACUCGUACAGAGACGACGACAAAGGGGCAGAAGAUUAUCCCCCGAGGGUGCCUCGCUCCGCAACACCUCCGCCCAUAGGAGGCCGACGCCGGAGGCUCAUCCUUGUCGAUUCGGAGGAGGACGAGGACGACCGGGACGCCCACGGUGACAACGACGACGACGACCACGACAACGGCGGCGUCACCGACCAGGAAUACCACGGAUAUCUCCACGAGCCCAGUCGCAGCAGCAGCAGGAGGAGGAGGAGGGAGAACAGAGACAUAGCAGCGACGCCCGUCACCGUCAUCCACAACCCAAUCCAAGAAGACACGUCCGAACCGCAUCAUCGGUACACGCGCGACCGUCCCGUCACGCCGAGGACGUCGUCCAGGCAGUCGUCGCAACCGCCGGCGCGAUCGCGCGCGGCCGACGCCCUCGCCUCGCACAAGAGGGGGCUCCGGACGCCGGUUCUGGAUCACAACCGCCUGUAUCACGAUGCUGAGCCGCCGCCGAUCAGCCAACGACGACGACCACGCAACAACAGCAACGGCAGCACGAGCAACAAACCACGCGCCCGCAGGACGACAACAGCAACAGCAGCAGCAGCGGCAGCAGCAGUGGCACCGGCAACAAUAGCAACAACAGCGUAUUACAGAGAGCGCCCAGGCAUGGAGGAGGAGGUGGUCCACGACUACAGCGUGAAGAAUGGGCUGGGCGGCGGGCCGCCGGCGAUGCUGACGCCGGACUACAGGCCGGCGACGGCCGACGGGAGGAAGACGGCGAUGAGCGACGACUCCUUUUCCAUCUCGAGGCAGUCGACAUCGAAGCAGAGCGUCACGAGCAACGGGUCGUCGAGCCGCGGCGUCGACUUCUUCGGGCCGGGCAUCUUUCAGGUCGUCCUGCACAACCCGACGACGGUGCACCAGCUGCUCAAGUUCGCCGAGGCCCGCUUCUGCAGCGAGAGCGUCGAGUUUCUGAAGAAGGUCGAACAGUAUCAGACCGUCCUGAACGACCUCGCCGGCAUCAUGACGAGCAUCCACAAGGACUUCCUCGCCGAGGACUCGACCAAGCAGAUCAACGUCAACGGCGAGCUGCGCAAGUCGGUCCACGCCGAGAUGAAGUCCCUCGUCACCAAGACGCUCCCGUCCAUGGAGACGCUCUUCUCGUAG